AUGGAGAAGUUCUGCAACUCCACUUUUUGGAACUCCUCAUUGCUGGAUAGCCCGGAGGCAGACCUGCCACUUUGUUUUGAGCAAACUGUUCUGGUAUGGAUUCCUUUGGGCUUCCUUUGGCUUCUGGCCCCUUGGCAGCUUCUCCACAUAUAUAGAUCCAGAACCAAGAGAUCUUCUACAACCAAACUCUACCUUGCUAAGCAGGUGCUCGUUGGGUUUCUUUUUAUUCUAGCAGCCAUAGAACUAGCUCUUGUAUUCACAGAAGACUCUGGACAAGCCUCAGUCCCCGCCAUUAGAUAUACCAAUCCAAGCAUCUACCUGGGCACAUGGCUCCUGGUUUUGCUGAUCCAACACAGCAGGCGAUGGUGUGUGCAGAAGGACUCUUGGUUCCUGUCUUUAUUCUGGAUUCUCUCAAUACUCUGUGAUACUUUCCAAUUCCAGACUCUGAUUCGGAUGCUGUUACAGGGCAACAAUUCCAGUCUGGCCUACUCCUGCCUGUUCUUCAUUUCUUAUGCAUUACAGAUCCUGAUCUUGAUCCUUUCAGCAUUUUCAGAAAAAGAUAAGCUAUCAGAUAAUCCAUCAUUCACGGCUUCAUUUCUGAGUAGCAUUACCUUUAGUUGGUAUGACAGCAUUGUUCUGAAAGGCUAUAAGCAACCUCUGACACUGAAAGAUGUCUGGGAUGUUGACGAAAAGCUUAAAACCAAGAUACUAGUCAGCAAAUUUGAAACAGUCAUGGCAGAGGAGCUGCUGAAGUCCAGGCGGGCAUUCCAGAGACGGCAGCAGAAGAAAUCCCAGUGGAACUCCGGAGGCAGCCUGAACGGCCUGAACAAGAACCAGAGCCAAAGCCAAGACGUCCUUGUCCUGGAAGAAGCUAAAAAGAAACAAAAGAAAUCUAAGACCACAGAAGACUUUCCCAAGUCCUGGUUGGUCAAGACCUUCUUCAAAAUUUUCUACAUCAUAAUCCUGAAAUCGUUGCUGCUGAAGCUCAUGAAUGACAUAUUAAUGUUUGUGAGUCCUCAGCUGCUGAAAUUGAUGAUCUCCUUCGCAAAUGACCGUAACACCUACGUGUGGGUUGGAUAUAUCUAUUCGAUCCUCUUGUUCGCCGUGGCCUCCAUCCAGUCUAUCUGCCUUCAGUACCAUUUUCAACUGUGCUUUGUUCUGGGCCUAAAUGUACGGACAAUCGUUAUGGCUGCUGUAUAUAAAAAGGCACUGAUCCUAUCCAACCGGGACAGGAAGCAGUACACCAUAGGAGAAACAGUGAACUUGAUGUCUGUGGAUGCCCAGAAGCUCAUGGAUGUGGCUAACUAUAUCCAAAUGCUGUGGUCAACUGUUCUACAGAUUGCCUUUUCCAUUUUCUUCCUAUGGAUAGAGUUGGGACCCUCAGUCUUAGCAGGUGUUGGGUUGAUGGCAAUCCUAAUCCCAGUUAAUGCAAUAUUCGCCACCAAAAGUAGGGCUAUUCAGGUAAAAAAUAUGGAGAAUAAAGAUAAACGUUUAAAGAUCAUGAAUGAGAUUCUCAGUGGGAUCAAGAUCCUGAAAUAUUUCGCAUGGGAACCUUCAUUCAAAGAAAAAAUCCAUGACAUUCGGAAGAAAGAGCUUAAGAACCUGCUCGCCUAUGGGCAGAUGCAGGCUAUGAUAAUGUUUUUCUUAUACAUAACUCCAGUCCUGGUAUCUGUGGUCACAUUUUCAGUUUACGUCCUUGUGGAUAGCAAUAAUAUUUUGGAUGCAGAAAAGGCUUUCACCGCCAUCUCUCUCUUCAAUAUCCUACGCUAUCCCAUGACCAUACUCCCAAUGGUGAUCUCCUCUGUACUCCAGGCCAGUGUUUCCAUACGACGGCUGGAGAAGUACUUGGGAGGGGAUGAGUUGGACACAUCUGCCAUUCGACAUGACUGCAAUUUUGACACAGUUGUGCAGUUUUCCGAGGCUUCCUUUACCUGGGACCAGAAUUCGGAAGCCACAAUUCAAGACGUGAACCUGGACGUUAGGCCAGGCCAGUUAGUGGCUGUGGUGGGCACCGUGGGCUCUGGGAAAAGCUCCUUGAUGUCAGCCUUGCUGGGAGAAAUGGAAAAUAUCCACGGUCACAUCGCCAUCAAGGGCACUGUAGCCUAUGUCCCACAGCAGUCCUGGAUCCAGAAUGGCACCGUAAAGGACAACAUCCUUUUUGGAUCAGAGUUGGAUGAAAAGAGAUACCAGCAAGUUCUGGAGGCCUGUGCCCUCCUCCCAGACUUGGAAGUGCUGCCUGGAGGAGACUUGGCUGAGAUUGGAGAGAAGGGUAUAAAUCUCAGUGGGGGUCAGAAGCAGCGGAUCAGCCUGGCCAGAGCUAUCUAUCAAAAUUUAGAUAUCUAUAUUUUGGAUGACCCCCUGUCAGCUGUGGAUGCUCAUGUGGGAAAGCAUAUUUUUGAUAAGGUCUUGGGUCCUAAUGGCCUAUUGAAAGACAAGACUCGACUCUUGGUUACACACAGCAUCCACUUUCUUCCUCAAGUGGAUGAGAUUGUGGUUCUGGAGAAUGGCAGCAUCUCAGAGAAGGGAUCCUACAGCACUCUACUGGCCAAGAAAGGAUUGUUUGCUAGGAAUCUGAAGACAUUUAUAAAGCAGACGGGUCCUGAAGGAGAAGCCACAGUCAAUGAGAACAGUGAAGAAGACGACUAUGGACUGAUGCCCAGUGUGGAAGAAAUCCCUGAGGAUGUAAUCUCCUUGACCAUGAAAAGAGAGAACAGCCUUCAUCGAACACUUAGCCACAGAUCUAGAUCCAAUAGCAGGCAUCUGAAGUCUCUAAAAGACUCCUUGAAGACUCGGAGUGUGAAUAUCCCAAAGGAAAAGGAAGAACUAGUGAAAGGACAAAAGCUAAUUAAGAAGGAAUUUAUGGAAACUGGAAAGGUGAAGUUCUCCGUCUACCUGAAAUACCUACAAGCAGUAGGAUGGUCUUCAGUUUUCAUCAUCAUCCUUGCUCAUAUAUUCAAUGCCGUGGCUUUGAUUGGAUCCAACCUCUGGCUCAGUGCUUGGACCAGUGACUCUAAAAUCUUCAAUAGUACCAACUACCCAACCUCUCGGAGGGACAUGAGAAUUGGUGUCUAUGGAGCUCUGGGAUUAGGGCAAGGUAUAUUUGUGCUCAUAGCCAAUCUCUGCAGCACCUGUGGUUUCACCCAUGCAUCAAACAUCCUUCACAAGCAACUGCUGAACAAAAUCCUUCGAGCGCCCAUGAGUUUUUUUGACACAACACCCUCAGGCCGGAUUGUGAACAGGUUUUCUAGUGAUGUUUCCACGAUGGAUGACACCCUUCCCGCGUCCUUGCGCAGCUGGAUUUUGUACUUCCUGGGGAUAAUCAGCACCCUUCUCAUGAUCUGUUUGGCCACUCCAGUCUUCGUCGUCAUCAUCAUUCCUCUUAGCAUCAUUUAUGUGCUUGUUCAGAUAUUUUAUGUGGCUACUUCCCGCCAGCUGAGACGUCUGGACUCUGUCACCAGAUCCCCAGUCUACUCUUUCUUCAGUGAGACUGUGUCAGGUUUGCCUGUCAUCCGCGCCUUUCAGCACCAGCAGCGAUUUCUAAAACACAGUGAAGUAUUGAUUGACAAUAAUCAGAAAUGUGUCUUUUCCUGGAUUAUCUCCAACAGGUGGCUUGCAAUUCGUCUGGACCUGGUCGGGAACCUGGUUGUCUUCUUUGCUUCCUUGAUGAUGGUUAUUUAUAGAGAUAACCUAAGUGGAGACACGGUGGGCUUUGUUCUGUCCAAUGCACUCAGUAUCACACAAAGCCUGAGCUGGCUAGUGAGGUUGACAUCAGAAAUUGAGACCAACAUUGUGGCUGUUGAACGAAUAAAUGAGUACAUAAAUGUGGAAAAUGAGGCACCCUGGGUGACUGAUAAGAGACCUCCAGUAGGUUGGCCCAGCAAAGGGGAGAUCCAGUUUAGAAACUACGAAGUACGGUACCGACCAGAGCUGGAUCUGGUACUGAAAGGGAUCACUUGUGACAUCAGGAGCAUGGAGAAGAUUGGUGUGGUGGGCAGGACAGGAGCUGGGAAGUCAUCCCUGACAAACUGCCUCUUCAGAAUCCUAGAGGCUGCGGGUGGCCAGAUCACCAUUGAUGGGGUAGAUAUUGCUUCCAUUGGGCUCCAUGACCUCCGAGAGAAACUGACCAUCAUCCCUCAGGAUCCUAUCCUGUUCUCUGGAAGCCUGAGGAUGAAUCUGGACCCUUUCAACAACUACUCAGACGAAGAGAUAUGGAAGGCCCUAGAGCUGGCUCACCUCAAAUCCUUUGUGGCCAACCUGCAACUUGGGUUGUCUCAUGAAGUGACAGAGGCUGGCGACAACCUUAGCAUAGGGCAGAGGCAGCUACUGUGCCUGGCCAGGGCUCUGCUUCGGAAAUCCAAGAUUCUGAUCAUGGAUGAGGCCACUGCUGCAGUGGAUCUCGAGACAGAUCGUCUUAUCCAGAUGACCAUCCAAAAGGAGUUCUCCCACUGCACAACUAUCACCAUUGCUCACAGGCUACAUACCAUCAUGGACAGCAACAAGGUAAUGGUUCUAGAUCAUGGGAAGAUUGUAGAGUACGGCAGCCCUGAAGAACUGCUCAAAAAACCUGGCCCCUUUUAUUUCAUGGCCAAAGAAGCUGGCAUUGAAAAUGCGAAUAGCACGACGUUGUGAAAGCAGGUCCCAUGGCUUAGAGAAGGACUAUAAGGAUCAUUCCUUAAUUUUAUUUUUGGGAUGUAUAUCAUACAUAGAGAAGUGUGUGUAAAUGUACAUUUUAAGAGAUCAUAAGUGAACACCCAUGUACCCUCCAUCCAAGUUAAAAAAAAGGAAUAUUACCAGCUACAGCAGAACCCCUAACGAUCCCACUUCAAUCCUACAUCCUUGCUUACCAACCCCCAGAAAUAACCACUAUUCUGAAUUUCUUGAUAAUUAUCCCCUUGCUUUUCAUUUUAGUUUUACCAAGUUCAUAUAUAUCCUUAAACAAUGUGUACCUUUUUAAAACUUAUGUAAAUGGCUUGUCUCAUACUGCAUGUGUUCUUCUAUGACUUUUGUUCAAUGUCAUUUGAGACUCAUCCAUGUUGAUGCACUCAGUGAGGUUUGUUCCUUCUCACUGCUCUGCAGUAUGGCCGUGUAUGAGUACGCCAGUUUACCAUUUAAAUGUUGGACAGCAAUAGGAUUAUUUCUACGGCUGUUUUUGUUUUUUCCUAUUAUGAACAAUACUGCUAUAAACAUUCCGGUAUAUAGUUCCUGAGAUACACAUGCAAGACUUUCUUAGGCUAUAAUGGGGAGUAUACACAUGUUCAUAUGCGUAUACUAGGUAACAGCAAACUGGCAAUGCCAAUUUAAAACAUUUUGUCAAGCUGAUGAGUAUGAACUGGUACCUCAGUGAGGUUUUAAUUUAUAUUCCUCUGGUUACUAUUGAGGUUUCGAUUUGAGGUGUUUGCUGUUUUUGUUUUUUUGUUUUUGUUUUUUAUCUGUGGUGCUCUAUUUCCUUGUAAGCUACUCACUCUCCUUAGCAUUUUAUCUGUGAACAUUCUUUGAGGCCUGCAUUGAACCUGAGCUGUCCUAAAUGGAAUUGUCCGAGUUUUUGGUGUCACGUUAUUUUUGGUUCGAUGUAUUCCUUACGUCCAUUUCGGUGAUGCAAUAAUAAACGAUUUUUAUUUAUUCACCAUUUUAGCUGUUUGAUGAGUGAGAUGCUCAGAGAUUUAAACUUCCUAAUGGAAGGGGAUAAAUAACCUCAAGGCUGGAAUGAGGAAGGGAAGUGUUUCCUCCUAGUUGCUCUGUUCCCAUCAGCAUCACUCUGACCAUGUUUUUCUGCAGUGGCAGUUCAUACAAGUAGCAGUGCUGAUUGCAGCUGGCAGUUUUUCCAGUAUUCCCAGGACCGGUGACAUAGUGCUGCUCAGAGACGCCAGCACCAGCUGUGCAGCGCCCCUUCUCAGAAGUCCACGUUUCCGCCUUAGCGAUGCCAACCUCUUCCCUUUCUCCCCCGCAGCCCUCACGGGGUUGGUUGCUUCUUGCGGUGGCUGCUCUCUGAACCUUCUUUUCCCUUGGCUCUUUCUUCAGUGCCUACCUAGCAGUUCUUUACAUUGUCCUGUUAAAAUAACCUAUGGUUUCUGUCUCCUGACUAACCCAACUGAUAGAGCCCUUGGAGACCAUCCAGUUCAAGUCCCUUAUUUUUCAGAUGAGCACCAAUCCGAGAAAGGUUAGAGGAUAUCCAAAGUCAAAACAUGAGUGUUUCUGGCAGAACCAGGACCAGAAACAAAUUUCCUGAUUUUCUCCAACAAUUUCUUCUUUUCCUAUCAUGAGGAUUUUUGAUCUACCUACUCCUAUGAUGCAGAUGAAGAGAGGGGAAAGGUCAUCCAUAUCUCAAUAGUGAUGAUUAAGCCACCCGGUGAAUGUUGUGGGAACCGGAGCCAGCCCAGACCCAAAACUUCAGUGAUGACUCCGACUACUUCAAAUCUUGUUGGCCCAGGCCCCAGAUAACCCACUCACAACAUUCUAGCUCUUUCCCACUUCUCUACCUGAGGUCCCCUUUUUUACCUGUCCUUGAAGCAUUAAGAUGUCCCUAUGCUUUUGACUCCCACUCUAUGUUCCUCCGUAUUUUCUCCGUAAGUGACUUCAUGCACUCUUGUGGUUUCACCUUCUACUCAUGAUUCUCAUUUCUAGUCCCUUCCUCUUCUCCAAUUUAGAGAUUCAUAUAUUCAACUGCCAGUGGGUGUUAUCGCCUGGAUAUCCUUUAGGCCUCUGACACUCGACUUGCUUUAUUUGACAUACCCUUCUCCUCCCUUCAUCAGAAUAAAAGAGAGAUUUUUUUCCCCUUGUACUUUCUAUUUCAAGUGGUAACAUCGUUUUCCACUCAGUCUUACAAAAUGAAAACCUCGGCAUCACCCCUAACUUUUCCUUUUCCAGACCGCAUCGGCCAUGAGGCCCUUCCACUUUUCUUUCUUUAUCCCCAUCACUUUUGCCAUCUUUCAGGUUCUCAUCACAUCUAACCUGUACUGAUGGCAUAGGUAUUGCUGCUUCCUGUAUCGUUUUUCUCAGAUAUAUCCACCAUGGCUACCAGUGGUCAAAUAUGCAAAUAUUUGUAUAAACGCCUUUCAAAACACCCUCUGAAGAAACUUGUUCCACUGAGGUACUAGGAUGAGAAUAUAUUUAAUCAUAAAUGCACAUUGGCUAUGACUUUAUUUAAAAAUUAUCAAACAAUAUUAUACAAACAUUGACAUUUAAAUGUCUAAACUUCUGCAACUUAGAUUUAGUUAGCAAAUACCAUAUUCAACUGUAAGCAUGGAUUUAGUCUUCUAAAUAGGUUAGACACUAAACUGUUUAAAAAGCUUCAUAUUGUUUGAAGAUAUCAAGUAAAAGAUUAUAAAAAUGCAUAAAAAAAUUAACUGUAAGAAGCACUCCAAUUUCAUAGUAUUCCUUUUCACUUCAUAUGCAAGUAAUUGGUUAUGCUGUAGAAUUUAGCUGUUACAGUAUAAAAAGCAACUACUUAAGGGAGAAGUAGAACAAAGAGGGGAAAAGUUUACGUAGGUGGUAUCUCUUUUAGGUAAAACAAGCACAAAGAAAUAAGAGUUUCAGGAAGAAAAAUUACUUAAGACUAGUUUGGUUCUUACUGAGUUUGAAAAAAUGGACUAAUACGGAACUCCUUUCUUCAACUGUAACGAUCAAGGCCUUAGUUGCCAUACUGGUAAUCUCUCGGACAGUCACCUCAGCCCUUGCCAUGACAGCCAUUUGGCUAUUCUGCCUGAUAACCACUAUCACUGAUUUCAGAUCUUUUUGUCCUGUCCCCAAGCUUCCACUGUGAAUGAUGAGCUUUUUUUGGAGCAGCAUUCUUUGAGACAUUUAUCUGCUGUUUAAGCCAUAGCCACUUGUUCCUGUAGCAAUUGUUGAGCUGCCCACAGGUUAUAUCUCUGGAUAGAGAUGUCUCUCCCCUUGCUUGGUGCUAACGCCUUUGCCUGCUGGCUCCUUUGUCAGGAUUUGCAUUUGGCAUCAUAAAGACACCUCCUAGUCUCAUAAUUAUCUGCCUGGCUGAUAUACUUAUUAGUUUAACUCUGUAAAGCAAUUAUACUUUGGCUAGCUUUUCAUUUUCCUUCAUCAAGAGGUUUAAUUUUUCUGCAUAAUUGACUUCAUUGUUAAUGGUCGACCAGAAUCCUUUUGUUUUAGUUGGACCUGGAGUAGGCAUAAACUCAAAGGCCAAAUCUAGCCUGCUGUUUUGUAAAUAAAGUUUUUUUAGAAUACAGACAUGCUCACUUGUUUCUGUAUUAUCUAUGCCUGCUUUUGUGUUAUAAUGGCAGAGUUGUGACAGACUGAAUGGCCUGCGAAGCCUAAAAUAUUUACUAUCUGGCCUUUCAUAUAAGCAGCUUGCUGAUCUCUGCUCCAGAAUCACUAGUAUAGUCUGGACUGGAUCACAUUUCCAUUCUCAAGACAAUUGGGCGGAAAAAUGUCGUGUGACUUCAUACCAUUGGUAGAUAAAAUGGUCCCCAAAGAUGUCCACAUCCUAAUCCUCAAAACUCGAGGAUUUACCUUACAUGGUAAAAGGGAUUUUGCAGAUGUGAUUAAGGAUAUCGUAAUGGGGAGAUUAUCCAGCUGGGCCCAGUGUCAUCACAAGGGAUCCUUGAGAG